GCCUUCUUCUCUCUUCUUCCCACAACUCAAUUCAACAUGGACUCAGACUUUUCAAUGAUGAUGCCAGGUGCCGGGGGAAUGCCUCGAGGUGAUUCAACUACUCCAGACAACGGUGAAGUUAUACACAUCUCGUCGUUGGCACUUUUAAAGAUGCUUAAACACGGGCGUGCCGGUGUUCCGAUGGAAGUUAUGGGACUAAUGCUCGGCGAAUUCGUGGACGAAUACACUAUUCAAGUUAUCGAUGUUUUUGCAAUGCCACAAUCUGGAACAACAGUCAGUGUAGAGUCCGUGGACCACGUUUUCCAGACGAAGAUGUUGGACAUGUUGAAACAGACUGGCCGGCCGGAAAUGGUGGUGGGCUGGUAUCAUUCGCAUCCAGGGUUCGGAUGUUGGUUGUCGAGCGUUGAUAUCAACACACAACAGUCCUUUGAAUCUCUCAACUCUCGUUCCGUCGCGGUCGUCGUUGACCCCAUACAGUCCGUGAAAGGAAAGGUCGUCAUCGAUGCCUUCCGUCUCAUCAACCCCCAGACCGUUAUCUCUGGACGUGAACCGCGUCAAACCACGUCAAACAUCGGCCACAUCAAUAAACCAUCGAUACAAGCUUUAAUCCAUGGGUUGAAUAGACAUUACUACUCGAUCGCCGUGAAUUACCGGAAAACACCUCUUGAAGAAUCCAUGCUCAUGAACCUUCACAAGCGAAAUUGGACGGAGGGUUUGAAAUUGCGCGACUUCAACCUGCACAAGGAGAGUAACGAAAAGUCCAUUAAGGCUAUGCUUACACUUUCCGAAGCCUAUAACAAGUCGGUUCAAGAAGAGUCAACCCUAACUGCUGAGCAACUGAAGACACGGCACGUUGGGAAACAAGAUCCAAAACGGCACUUGGAAGAUGCAGUGGAAAAAGCCAUGGGUGACCAAGUGGUUCAGAACUUGGGUACCAUGCUUUUGGCGGAGCUAUAAGAGAGAACCCCGUGAAACAAUGUUGAGAUAGUUCGUGUAACCAAUUCUUGACUUUUUGCUCUCGGAAAGGUCACCCGGCCCCUAGCAGUGGCACGCCAUUACUUUUAAAUAGGGUCACAGGAGCUUCACUUUACAUAUAGCUGGUUAGCACAAUUUUUAUUUUCUCAUGGUCUGUGGUUUGAAUGGCCCGACGUGGGCCUACGGCCACUUUUACUUAGGGGUGCAUCGGGCCUGGAGCUAAUUGUUUGGGCGGGGUGCACGGCACGGUCUUUUUUUUGACCGCUGUAAGUUCGACAGAUGGUAAUGGGAUCUUUCUUGAAUCUGAAACGUCACGAUGUUCUUUAAUGACACACUUACAUGAAACGUUCGUAUUGCUGAUCCACUGAAUUCUAGAACAACAC